UUGUCCCACCGUUAAGUUCUUCGUCCCUUCGUCUUCCUCUCUCGAAGCUUGACGCCCUUCUUUCGCCUUGCCACCUCUCUCUCCGUUGUCAAUUGCCGGUCCUCGAUCCCCCAGAUGGACCGUGGAUCGGCUUCCCAAAACUCCCGCAUGGUGGAGGAGGUCUUCCGCGACAUCAAGAACCGGCGAGCUGGCAUCCUCAAGGCCCUCACCACCGAUUUCGAGGACUUCUAUCAGCAAUGCGAUCCUGCAAAAGAAAAUCUGUGUCUCUAUGGAUAUCCAGAUGAGCAGUGGGAGGUUAGUUUACCUGCAGAAGAAGUUCCUCCAGAGAUUCCAGAGCCUGUUUUGGGCAUUAACUUUGCUAGAGAUGGAAUGGAAAAGAAACCCUGGUUAUCUUUGGUUGCUUUACACAGUGAUGCAUGGUUACUUGCCUUGUCAUCUUAUUUCAGUGGCAGGUUUCAGUUUGAUAAAAAACAUAGGAAGCUUUUAUUAGAUAUGAUAGCUGAUUUGCCUACCAUUUGUGAAGUUGUAAAUGGAAAGAUUCAGGAUAAGACCUCUGGCUCUAAACAGAACAGUAACAAAUACAAGUCUUCAAAAUUGGAAAAAGAAUUGCUGGAAAAGGGGGAUCCGGGCGCCCGGAAGGGAUUCGGGCGCCCAGAGCUAGUCCGAGCGCCCAGAAUGCCUAAAGUUAUCUCGUCGCCAACUUGGAGUGUGCUGAUUGGAUGGGCUGACGUCACGGCCUGAGCGCCGGGAAGGGAUCUAGGCGUCCGGAAUUACCUGUAUAAGCAGCCUUUCACCAAGAGCUAGAGACACAACUUCUUCUACGAUUGCUCUCUUGCGCGCUGCUCCAAAAGACGCUCCUGCGACGCUGCGAAGCUUCUCCGACAACCUGCAACUCAGUUCUAUUUUCUUUGUUGUCGGCAACUUUUAUAGUUCUUGUACUUAUUGUGUAAUACUUUUCCGAACUAUUAGUGAAUUGUCCACCGAAAACACUCUCAUGUGCGGGCCAUGGAGUAGGAGUCGACAAAGGCUCCGAACCAAGUAAAACUUGGUGUGUUAGCGUUGUUUCAAUUUUUCUCUGUCGCUGCGUACUCGAUUUUAUUUACGAUUUUCGACGAUCGCUGUUCACCUCCCCCUCUAGCAUU